ACCACUGACCUUGCAACCUGGGUCCUCUACCCUCAGAAGCCCCUGCCUCUGCAUGCUGCCAGAUCUGCCUCCCUGGGCCGACCCCAGAGCCUGGACGCGGCUGCUGGCCUGAGCAGCAGCGGCAUGGGCAGCACCAGCCCCAGCCUGAGCAGCCUGCCCGCCAGCCGCCUCCUGCUCUCCCCCAACACUGUGUUUCGGACAGGCCCAGAGAAGGUGACAGCCGGCGUGGUUAGGGCUGAGAGACAGGACUGGAGCCCCAGCCCACCUGCCACCCCCGAACAGGGUCUGUCCGCCUUCUACCUCUCCUACUUGGACAUGCUGUACCCCGAGGACAGCAACUGGGCCGCCAAGGGCCCCGGAGUCAGCACUCAGGACAAGCCACCUGAGGAGCCCGAGCAGUGCCCGGUCAUUGACAGCCAAGCCCCUGGGAGCAGCCUGGACUUGGUUCCAGGGGGGCUGACCCUGGAGGAGCACUCACUGGAGCAGGUGCAGUCCAUGGUGGUGGGCGAGGUGCUCAAAGACAUUGAGACAGCCUGCAAGCUGCUCAACAUCACGGCAGACCCCAUGGACUGGAGUCCUGGCAACGUGCAGAAGUGGCUCUUGUGGACGGAGCACCAGUACCGGCUGCCCCCCGUGGGCAAGGCCUUCCAGGAGCUGGGGGGCAAGGAGCUGUGUGCCAUGUCGGAGGAGCAGUUUCGCCAGCGCUCACCCCUGGGCGGGGACGUGCUGCACGCCCACCUGGACAUCUGGAAAUCAGCGGCCUGGAUGAAAGAGAGGACUUCCCCUGGGACAGUUCACUUCUGCGCCUCGACCAGCGAGGAGAGCUGGACGGACAGCGAAGUGGACUCAUCCUGCUCCGGGCAGCCCAUCCACCUGUGGCAGUUCCUCAAGGAGCUGCUGCUCAAGCCCCACAGCUACGGCCGCUUCAUCCGGUGGCUCAACAAGGAGAAGGGCAUCUUCAAAAUUGAGGACUCCGCCCAGGUGGCCCGGCUGUGGGGCAUCCGAAAGAACCGCCCCGCCAUGAACUACGACAAGCUGAGCCGCUCCAUCCGCCAGUAUUACAAGAAGGGCAUCAUCCGGAAGCCGGACAUCUCCCAGCGCCUCGUCUACCAGUUCGUGCACCCCAUCUGAGGGCCAAGGGCCAGGCCCGGGCCUGAAGCUCACCCUCCCUGGACCUCCCUCCUGUCUGCCCUUGUCUGGGCCAGACCCCAAGCUGGGGGCGAGGGAGUGU